AAAAUGUCUUUGUAGUUAUCAGGGUGUAGGUCAUAUUUUAAUUAAAUUGUAAUCUUUCACAAAAUCGUGCUCAAUUUCGCAUGUUUAAAUCAUAAUAGAAAAUAAGAAGAGGAUCUAUUCACCCAAAACAGGGGUAGCAAUGCAAUUGGUGUCAGUUUGGUGGAGAUAAUAAGAGUGAAGUGAUGAUGUGGGCUUAGUGUGUGGAACAGCGGCACCACGGCUUCCUCUGUGGCAGGUGGCGCGAGGGGAGCAGAGUCCCCCUCGCAGGCCAACCAGGACACGGUGGAUAACGCCACUCCCACCUGUUGGUGGGCUGCGUGGUCGGCAAUGGGCUGCUUCGGUUCGCCGGGCGCCAAAAGCGGCGAGGAUGACGCCAAAUCGCAGAAACGACGGAGCGACGCCAUCACACGCCAAUUACAAAAAGAUAAACAGUUAUAUCGCGCAACGCAUCGCCUGCUCCUACUCGGCGCUGGUGAGUCUGGCAAGUCGACGAUCGUGAAACAAAUGCGCAUCCUUCAUGUGAACGGAUUCUCUGAUAAGGAACGCCGGGAGAAGAUUGAGGAUAUCAAGAAGAACAUACGCGAUGCGAUUCUUACGAUAACUGGUGCGAUGAGCACGCUUACACCGCCCAUACCUCUCGAAAAGCCUGAGAAUAAGGCUCGAGUUGACUACAUACAAGACGUAGCUUCACAACCGGAUUUCGACUACCCACGUGAGUUCUAUGAGCACACAGAGGAGCUGUGGAAGGAUGGAGGGGUUCAGCGGACCUAUGAGCGCAGUAAUGAGUACCAACUUAUAGACUGCGCCAAGUAUUUCCUGGACAAAGUGCACGUGAUAAAGCACCCAGAGUAUACGCCCACGGAGCAAGACAUCCUUCGCUGCCGAGUUCUCACUUCGGGCAUCUUCGAGACGCAGUUCGUCGUCGAUAAAGUCAAUUUCCAUAUGUUCGAUGUGGGCGGUCAGCGUGAUGAGCGUCGUAAGUGGAUCCAGUGCUUCAACGACGUGACGGCCAUCAUCUUUGUGACGGCCUGCUCCUCCUACAACAUGGUGCUGCGGGAGGACCCCACGCAGAACAGACUCCGGGAGUCGCUGGAUCUCUUUAAGAGCAUAUGGAAUAAUCGAUGGCUUCGCACAAUAUCGGUGAUCCUGUUCCUCAAUAAGCAAGACCUGCUCGCGGAGAAAGUGCUCGCGGGCAAGUCCCGCCUCGAGGAUUACUUCGCGGAGUUUGGACGGUACCAGACCCCGCCUGACGCCAGCCCCGAUGUCAGGGAUCACCCGGAGGUGGCUCGCGCUAAAUACUUCAUACGGGACGAGUUCCUGCGUAUAAGUACGGCCAGUGGCGAAGGCAAGCACUACUGCUACCCUCACUUCACCUGCGCCGUGGACACCGAGAACAUCAAACGCGUCUUCAACGACUGCCGCGACAUCAUUCAGAGGAUGCAUCUGCGGCAGUACGAGCUCCUCUAACGUGAGAACAGCGAUUCCAAUGCGCCAAGGCUGGUUCGAAGCCGGCGUGAUAUGACACCAAACGAAUACGACAGCAAUAUUUACAUAUUAUACAUAUACUAUCUGUGUGUAACGCUCCAAUAUUAAAUUAUACAAAUCUUUAUUAGCGAUGGCAAUACAUAAUUUAAGUCCUAUGUCGAUAUAUUUACAACUAUCGACGCAAUGAGAAAUUCUUGGACUUUAUUGUCUCUUGUCAAAAAUGUCAGUAUUUAUAUAACUUUUUAUGAUCUGUGUUGCCAUCGCAUGUAGAGCAAGGCUGGGACAUACGUGGCAAUCUAAUCUACUUUAAUACAUCACUAGUGUGUCCAAAGCCUGAUCUCUUGCACAUUAUCUGUGGUCAUUGGAAUGCGAUUUUGUACACUGGCUUUGUGUUUUUUCCAUAGACUACACACUCUUUAAUUAACUUUUGAGUAAUUCACUGACUCACUAAUUUAGUUGUUACGUUUUUGGCGUACGGAAGCCAUAUUUAGAGUUAAACCUCGACGCCUGAAUCUAACCAUGAGACAACUAAAUAUGUUAUUUGUACAGUUACAAAUUCGUGUAGCUUGUUAAUCUUUAAUGCCAAAUGAAUGUUAUAUUUUAUUGCAUUUAAAAAACAGUGUAACUAAAUCGUGUUUAUGAUAAUGUGCAAAAGAUAUAACGACCGCCGAGCGGCAAGUCACUGAUUCUUCUGUCGCAUGGUGUUUCCGGACGUUACGUACGUGUAUUCACGACUUACGUAUGAGUGUACGUACUUCGUACGUUGCUACUUUGGAGCAUCCAGUGAAGGUGUGGGUUGAUCUUGGAAUGAAGCUACGAGGUUGUUACCGGUUCAAAAAAUCGUCUUUGAUUUUUUGGUAUGGCAACAUCCUUUAUGUCUAUGAAUUUUUUAAUUAGACGCGUAUUUAACGUGAUCGCAAGUUUCUAUAGGUAAAAUUUGCACUUAAUUUUUUUGGAUAUUUUGAGAUUUUUUAAAUUUACGCUACAUUCCGAGAUGUAAACCUUUUUAGAGCUUAACGGCUUUAUUGGCUCGAUUGUCAUUUGUCAUCCGAAUAACAUAUCUUUUAGGAUACGUAAAAAAAUACAAGAGACAAAUAUCUAAUGAAUUAAUUGUGUUUAUUAUUUAGUCAAUCUGUAGUAUUAACAGAAAAAAGGUUAACUUUUUGAAAAAAAAAAAAUUGUUUGACAUGUGACAGUGACAAUCGAGUAAUUAUCGCGUUGAACAAAUCGUUUUAUAUUGAGGAUCAUAUAGUUUGACUUUUUUGAGGCUACACAUAGUAUUAUGUAUAUGCACCUUUAGCUUUUUGCCCAUUUUAUUUAUUGAUGCAUAUCACUGAAAAUUGUUAUCUUUUUAAUCAUAGACAAUGCACUCUGGAUGAAAAUUUCUGUCUUUUUCAAUGUGAAAGGUUUUUAAAUCGGAAUAUGAUUCUCUUAACCCUAUGCCUAUGUUUAAAGUGAUAACAAGCUGGCAUUAUAAUUUGUUGAUGUUUUUGUAUAUUUCACUUUUUGUCUAUGAAAUUAGACAUCUGUGGAUGCCGUUUUUCAAUAGUAAAUUUUACAAACGUUUUUUUUUUAUGAAUUUGCAUAUGCGCACAAAUAAAUCAUGUAAUUUAUACAUUUUUUAUCGAAUGAUUUACUGCAAUCUUUUUCGUGAUGUAUACAAAUGCGAGUCGUUAUAUUCAUAGCUGCUUAUUCAGCUUGUAUUUUUAUAUAUCAAUGAAUUUGUAUUUUUAAGUUUAUUUUUAAUGUUAAGUUUAUGUCUUCCAUAUGUAUAUUUUUUGCAAUUUUGUUUGUCUUAUUAACGACGCACAUUGACUAGAGAGCUUCGCGGUGUAGAUUUUGUUGAAGUUAUUUAAUAUAUGGCUUUUAAUAAUUAUAAGGUCCAAAGAAUUGUUCCCGGUCGCAUCUAAUGCGGCGAUUGGAAUUUUAUUAGCAGUAUUUAAUUUUCAAAUAUUGAUAUGCCGCUGAAUUAAGAUGUGGUGGUUUGACAACCUGUAUUUUUUUCGAUAAUUAAUAUAUUACAUUUAGCCCUAAGUACAAAUGUAACUAACAUUACGGUAAUAAUAUUACGGUAAUAAUAUUACAAAUAAUUAUUUAUACGAUUGAUUUAUGUACUUACCGAUUUGUUGGUCUGUGAAAAGAAACAUAUUUUUAACGUUCAAAGAUUAUUGGUAGGGUAUACAUUCUCGAAGGGAUUUUAUAAAAAAUAGGAUUUGAAAUGAAAUGGUCCUUAAUAUAAGGUCGAUGCUGGCAAGAAAUGUGCCAUAUUUGAUGUCCUGCUAGCGGAAACACCAUAAACUAAUGUUACCAUUAUUGAAUCUACAGACUAUAUGAGAACUCGAUCCUUCCUAGAACCUUGUAAAUUAACAAAUCAUCUAUUUUGCUUUGACAUAAACGUUCUAUCGUUAUUUUUAAUAUAUAUUUAAUAUUGAUAAUUGUAUUUUUCUUUCGUGUUAAGUUUCUUUGUAAGUAGGCAAUUGAUAGAGUUACUUCAUACAUUUCUUGGUGCGUAGUCGUUCGUAUCACACGGGAUAUACUUUUUAGGUUUGGAUAAGAAAAUUCCAUUCGGUUAAUUAUUAUAAGUGAAAUUAUUAAUUAUUGGUAGGAAAUUUUUGGCUUUUAAAGAUCUGCUUAUUUUAGUGCAAUAUAGAACGACCGCCGACACCGAACCAUCUCAUCGUGUAAUUAAUAAAAUGGCAUCUUGAACUUAUGUAUAUGCAACUUAAGCAAACUAUUUGGUAGCUAUUUUAAGUAAGUUUAGUGUAUCGCGAUAAAUCGAACGCAAAUAUCUAUAAUUUAGACUGCUAACGUAAAGUUUCUUGCGAGUCACUGUCCACUAGUCGGAUUUUAAAACUAAAUAACACACCUAUAACAAACGAGGUGGCUACGAUGGCCGCUUGGCUUUUAAAACGUUUUUAAACUGACAAUGGAGAUGGCAACACGUCGCGAAUCUCAAUCUGCACGCGUCAAACUGACAGAUGUUCCCGCCAUUUUUAAUCUAUGGUUCUUUAAACUUUGUAGCAUGUGGUGAUAGUAUUGUGCAAUAUUUUAACAUUCUUUUUUUGAACUUGAACGUUAGCGUUAAUCGGAUAUCUGCUGUUUACGGUCGUUUCCAAAAACGUAGCUAUCUUUCGAUUUUUAUGUUCGAAUACGAAGUAUUAUAAUGUGAAAGUAAGAAAGAUAGAUAGGUUUUGUCUAUUGCUGUAUAUUUCUGUCCAGUCCCCGCUACAACGUACAAUUUAAGUAAACGCAAUAACACGUGAGUCAUGUAUAAAGUAGAAUAUAGCAUAUUUUCUAUGUUUUUCGAUAUGUAGAUGAUAUACUGCCAGUGUCGAUGUCAAAGUUAAGAUAAAGAUAAGAUGUUUCCGAUGCAAUCCUCUUGCACAUGACAUCAAAGAGUUAUCCUUGAAUUAGGAGACGAGACAUAAAUGUUAACUGAGAUUUGAGGUUGAAACAAAAGAAGUUCUCUCGAUUGAAUUUUGUAAUAGUCAAAUGCGAAGAUAAGUUCGUCCAUAUAAGAACAUUAUAACACAAAUAAAUUAUUUAGUGUGAUGAUAGUUACUUUGAGUACCUUUAUUGAUGACUUUCGUUGCAUAAAAACGUUAUUCAAUGUUCUGUGGACGAGCUUUAUUCAAAAGGAGUGCGUACACGGAGGCUUAGUAAAAAUCUCUUCAAAACGGAAACUUAGCAUAGAAAAAUAAAAUUUAGUUUCGCGUGGAAUCCUCGAUUAGUAGUAAUAAACGUCCGUGGCCAAUAACCAAAUAGUAUUGAACAAUUUCCCCUUUUUUAAAUCUUUCAUAGUUAUAUGUGAUUGUACUGCGCACAAUAUGUAUGUGAGGGAACUUUCGUUUCGACUCUUUAAAGUGCAGAAUAAUUCUGCAAAAUAUUUUUUGGUAAUAUUUUUGACUGUCGCUCACUUGGCGUCCCUGUCUCGCUGAAAUAAACGCAUUUAACUGCUCAUUUAUGUAUAAAUUCAUCCAUUUUAUUCAUUUUAAGAGUAAUCAAAUCGGCACUCCUUAUUUACAAAUUGUCUAUUGAUCGUAAUUAUAUUCUAUCGUUUGUUUUAAUGUUAUUAUUAGAGAAAUCUAUAUAUUUUAACAAAUUUUUAAUUUUUAAUAUACCUAAUUAAUAAAAUUCCUAAAGAUAAAAUUUUUAACUAUUUAUGUGUAUAGUAGAUUCUAGAGCGAGGUAAAGAUAACGAACGCUUAUUUUCAUUUGUUUUUUUCAGAGAAUCGCAAUUUAUUUACUGUCUUUUAAAUUACCCUUAACUGAUGUGUACACAAAAAUCAGUAUGUUUCAGGCAUUUUGAAUCAGACUUAAUGUAUGUAAAAAUAAAUGUUGUUUUAAAAU